UCCCGUCCCCGCUGGAAAACGCCACAUCUGACGGGGAGGGAGAGGCAGAGACCACCGCGGGGGAGUGUAAUCACUGACCACAAGAUGCUGGCGCUAAUAAACCGGCUUUUGGACUGGUUCAAGUCCCUGUUUUGGAAGGAGGAGAUGGAGCUGACGCUGGUCGGCCUGCAGUACUCUGGAAAAACAACAUUUGUAAACGUGAUCGCUUCAGGGCAUUUCAGUGAAGACAUGAUCCCUACAGUCGGCUUCAACAUGAGGAAGGUCACCAAAGGAAACGUCACCAUCAAGAUCUGGGAUAUAGGAGGGCAGCCGAGGUUCAGGAGCAUGUGGGAGCGCUACUGUCGGGGAGUUAAUGCAAUCGUGUACAUGGUUGAUGCAGCAGAUCGAGAAAAGGUGGAGGCAUCCAGAAAUGAGCUUCAUAAUUUAUUAGACAAACCUCAGUUGCAAGGAAUUCCUGUUUUGGUACUCGGCAACAAAAGGGAUCUCCCCACUGCCCUAGAUGAAAAGCAGCUCAUUGAGAAAAUGAAUCUAGCAGCUAUUCAGGACAGAGAGAUAUGCUGCUAUUCAAUUUCCUGCAAAGAGAAAGACAACAUUGAUAUCACACUUCAGUGGCUCAUCCAGCACUCAAAGUCCCGCAGGAGCUGAAGACGCAGGAGUCGUUUUCCAGCUGUGUUUGCCAUGUUACUGUCAUGUUGCAUCCUCAUCACCCUCUGCAAUGAUGUACAGUCGUAUCUUCACCUCACAUGCUGCACUGUUCUGCUUCUGUCACACAGUUGUUGUUUUUUUUCUUCUUCUUGUCACUUUGUGUGUGUUUCACAAGCCCAGACAAUGCACGACUAAAAAUGGAACUCUGGUACCAAACUUAAGGAUUGCAAUUGGCAUUAUACAAUUUAUGAAGCUGUACUUAACUUGGAUUAAGAAACUAUUUCCUGUUCUACCUUUUUACCCUUCAGGCAUUACCAUUAUUGAUCAUACCCAGAGGUGUAUAACUCUUAUCUUGUCUGUACAACAACACCGUCUUAUAGGAGGGUUUAAUCUGUAAAACAGGCCUCAUGUAAUGAGAAAUGUUCGUCGUGCAGUCAGAUAUGAUGUCAUGAGAUGGCUAAUGUGGACAUGCAGGUUUUCCUGUUUCUGUCAAGCUCUACUCUGCUUGUCUUUGACUGUCCCCCUUUGCUUGAUCAGGUUCUCUUCUUUCAAGGACGUGUCUGUUUUUGAAAAUUGUACAUUUGGGCAAGUCAGUUUAAGCAGGUCUGUACAAAUAUCAAGCUAGUAUGAUUUUUACUGAUGUGGGAUGUGUGUAUGAAUAUAUGAUUCUAUUUAAAGUCUGAAUGUACUAAAAGUAAAGGUGUACGGGGUUGUGUGGUUCAUAUUGGCCUCUGUUUGUAAGUCGCCUCAGUGGAAUGAUGUCCUUUGUGCUGCCUUGAAGCUGAGAGAGUGGCAGAAUUUAAAGUGCCUUGUGCAGCGUCUCUCACCUCUGAAGCAAAGCAGCAUGCAAGGUGUGCCUACCUGGGUAAAAACCACCACUUCAAUACGUACAAGAAAUAAAAAGGCAUGCUUUUUAAUUUAAA